CUGUCAAUCGCGUGAACCGAUAGCAAAAUAACGUGAAGUGCGAACGAGCAACUGCUACCGAAAAAACGAGACUUAAUUAAUUCAAAUUAAGUUCAGCUGUAUUUAUUUAUAAACACAUUUGUAAAAUGAAGUAGAGCUUAGCAUUGUUAAAAAACUGUUUCUAGUAAAGUGUAUAUUAUCCGUUCACCGCUUCAAUGGCUUCUACUCCUAAACAAGUGAACGGCAAUGCAUCGCCGAGCAACGGUCCUCUGGGAAAGCGAAAAAAAUCCAAAGGAAGUAAAAGUUCCUAUUUAUCGAAAUGGCUGGAUAAAACAAUGCAUCAUAUUCAGGAAUCCGCUCCAGAUGGAUAUGAUAAUCAACGAACGAAUUUAAAUUGGUCUAUGUGUCCAUCACCAAUUGUUCCAGGAUACGAUUCCCAUCGCUUAAUGUACGGGUCGAAUGAACCGAUGUCCUUACCAACCUUGCCCAUGCACUACAACCCUAUGAUGCACCAUUAUCCGGAAUACAGGCCGCAGCAUUUCGAAAACAAAAGUAUUCAGGUGCAGCGACCUAGAAUACGACGGCGGAGUAAAAAUAGAGCAGAAGAACUUUCUAGUAUACCAGCAGAUGUAGCUAAUCAAAAUUACAUGCAACCAAAGAAUUUUUCUGAUAGCCAAGACUUUGCAAGCUUGCCACCUAUUGUCACAUCUACUGGAGACACAAAUUCAAAUAGUGAUUUGCUUAAUGAUAAAGAUGAUGGUAGUAAUAAUAGACGGUACAGUGAUCCUUGUAUGCGAGGUAUACAAGGUCCAGAAGAACAAGCCAAUGGGGAAUCAGACUCUGAAUCUAGUUCUGGUGUGUCUGGGAGUCAGGUUGGAAGCAGACUAUUGUCGUACUUGCUUGACCAGAUAACAUCAUUGAAAAUGGUUAAUGAAAGACUGACUAAGGAAUUACAAGAAACAAGAGCUGAAUUGGAUAGUUAUCAACCUCAAAGUUUUUAUGCGAAAGGUGCAACAAAUAUGGGUGCUGGAGGUGGGCAGUAUUCACCGGGAUAUCUCACAGAGCUGGUGCGGGAAAUAAGAGAUGCCACACGCAUCAGAGAAGAAGCUAUGUACGCACGCUUGCGUACCUUGGUGCUAGAGAGAACUGAUAGCGGUUCAGGGUCAGCCACAUCAGAAUCAAAAGUUGCUGAAAGGAAUCUUGAAGAAAUUAAGGCCUCUCUGCGAGCGUCGGAAGCGGACAAGCGAUGCAUGAUGGAUCGUAUCAACAAAUUGGAAGAUGAAUUAAGAAUCCUAAGGGUGUCUAAUGGUAUGGAGGAUAAUAGAAUGUCGAAUGGUACUAGCGAAGACGAAAGUGAACGGAUGCGGCUGCGCAGGGAAAUUGCAGAACUGCGCAAAUCGAAACAAAACUCCGAUGACAACGUUCUCAAACUAGAACGUCUUGUCACACAGUUGCGGUCCAAAUUCAACGGCAUUAUGUCGAACGGACCGGAAUCUAUCCCCAGCGAUCAGGAUGAGAUGCGCACGCGCCGUCUAAGCGCUAACUCAACUUUCAUGUGCGGGCCUGUUACGGAUUUGUAGCGAACGGAAAUUGGGCACGUUGCCGUUAAUAUUGUCGCGGAUUUUGUACAAUCCGCCUAUUAUAGACUGUUGGCCAAGAAUUAACAAUAUAUAGAAUAGAUCGAUAAGUUUGGACUUGUUUGCUAAGAAGUGACUUGAUCCUUGGAUGAUAGAAAGUUUAUAUGUUGAAGGAUCGUUAUGGCCUAAAAGUUCUAGGAUAGACUGUAUUAAACCAAGAAGUAACAAUGUAUAGAAUAGAUCGAUAAGUUUGGACUUGUUGGCUAAGAAGUGAUUUGAUCCUUGGAUGAAUGUUUAAUGUUGAAGGAUCAUUAUGGCCUAGAAGUUCUAGGAUAUACUGUAUUAAGCCAAGAAAUUAGAUAUAAGAUUUUAUUAUAUUUAAUGGCCUAAGAUCAUAGAACACCUGCUUAAUAGAUUUUUUUGGAUUUAAUCAAAAGAUACUGUGACAUGGACUUAGUCGAAUUGUGAUCGCUGUUCGUUUUAAGAUUGAAAUUGUUUUUUAGGAAUUGAUUAUAUUUAGUUUUUAUCACUUUUGGGAACGUGCUUUAUUAAAUUUACGCUCAUUUAUUACUCUAUGUAAUAAACGUGUUUGAACAGCGUGCGACUCUCAUCCAUGAGGUCGUUUGAUCCCCGGCUAUGCCCCAAUGCAUGUUCUUUCUAUGUGCGCAUUUAACGAUCGCACGA